GUAAAAUUUUCCAAAACACAGCAGAAUUAUAGUGCGACAGAGCGUGAGUGCCUUGCUGUACUCAGUGCAGUAGAGAAAUUCAGACCGUACAUCGAUGGAGUAGCAUUUACUGUAGUAACCGAUCAUGCCAGCCUCAAGUGGCUGCAAAACCUAAAAGAACCACAUGGAAAAUUGGCUCGAUGGGCAGUUCGACUACAGGCCUUUGACAUCACCUUUGAACAUCGUCCCGGCAAACUGAUGGAUGCCCCAGAUGCGCUAUCGCGUGCCGUAGAUUUGAUUGAAAUUGAACCAAAUACCAAGACAACUGAUUCAUGGUACAAUAAAAUUCGAACUAUCGCCGAAUCUGGCAAAUCUCUAUUCUAUAAAAUCGAAAACGGAUUCGUUUAUCGACGUGGCAAAUAUCAAGCCCACACCGGAGACCGGCUAUGGACACUUUGCGUUCCCACAGAACUGAAACAGGCCGUUCUCAAUGAAAAACACAAUCAAUCAUGCCACAUGGGAUAUUGGAAAACACUAAAUUCCAUUCAACGCGUCUAUUAUUGGAAAGGAAUGCAUGCCGAUAUUUAUGAAUACGUGACAAAAUGUGAAAUUUGUCGUCAAGCAAAACCAUCCAACGAAAACACCCGCAUUCCAACCGGAGAGUACCGCGAUCCGAUUCGUCCAGGCCGAAUAUUGUAUAUAGAUUUCAUUGGCCCAUUGCCAGCUUCAAGGAAAAACGUCACAUGUAUGCCCUCGUAUGCAUUGAUGGGUUCUCGCGAUACGUUUUUACGAAAUCCUUUAUCAGAGCCACCACCGAAAACACGAUCGAAUUCCUUGAAAAAGAGGUGUUAUUCAAAUUCGACACGCCGGAAAUAAUUGUAUCAGACCAUGGCAGUCAGUUCACUAGCGUGGCUUUCCGUCAGUUUCUGGAGAAGUACAAGAUCAAACAUUGUACGACUGGUGUGUAUCACCCACAGACCAACGCGGCCGAAGCUUCAAACAAAGUACUCAAAACUUGCAUUCGCACGCAACUUAUGGAGAGAAAUGAAGAGCAUGUUGAUUGGGCAGAUCAUUUGCCAUUCAUCACGAUGAAAAUGAAUUCAACUCCGCUCACCUCCACACACCACAGUCCAUUUUUCACUCUCAACGGUCGAGAAAGAGCGCAAACCGGCGAUGAACAUACCGUAAUUUUGGAUGCCAACCCGGAAACGGCACAGGCCGACUUCGAGCGAAUGGCAUUGAUUCAUGAGGCCGUGAGUGAUCAAUCCCGCACAAGCUUCGAGGAAAAUCGGCGACGGUACGAUACCCGGGCACGAGUCAGAAAAUUCAAAAUCGGCGAUUCAGUGUAUGUGUUGCAUCGCGAGUUAUCAUCCUCCGUUAAAAAAAUUGCCGGUAAGCUUAAUCCGGUGAAAAAGCAAGCCACCAUCACAAAGAUCAUUGGUAACGACACAUAUGAGCUGAUUGAUUCCCAAAGCAGGCCACUAGGUAAACACAAUGCCAAGGACAUUAUGGUCCGUUAAGGCGAUGAACGAAUACGACAAGCCUUCAUUCAAACAAGCCUACUAUAGUCGUUUACCACAGUCAAAUUCAAAAAAAAAGAAAAGAAAAAAAAAAUAACGAAACCAACAAACCAUAGUCCUAACACUAACGAGAAGAAACCGAUGAAACAGGAAAACAAAAGUUCAUCGCAUACCAGUUCAUCGCUGUCGCUAUACGACAAAUAAAUUGCCACAGCAAACGUUCAUUGUCGAGUCAAGACCAAAAUAUAUUCAUAUAUACCAAAUUGUAUAUAUACGCAGUUCAUGCCACUAUUUGCCGCUGUUUUUUUCCCCCAAAACAAAUGAAUAACAGACCGAUAUCAUUUACACUACACAA